GUCCAUGGAAUCGUUGGUGCUCGUCGAUAUUGACCUCUCAUGGCUGUAUCGAGCUGCCUAGCGCGCUCUAGAACAAGGCUGGCCUCACUUCUGUACUAUGCGCCGUGGUCCCCGUCGACAGCAAUUGCGCCAAGACUGGAUCCCAACAAGCCCAUUGAGGAAGAACAAAGCCCCUACUAUCGGCAUGACUUCUUCCACCCGACACGGCUCUGGGACAUCCUGAACAGCCGUUACCAGAUCGUGGCCAAAUUGGGCCAUGGCUCCGGCUCGACAGUCUGGCUAGCUAGAGAUCUUCGCAGAUUUCGUUGGACGGAAGAAAAGUUCGUCGUCGUGAAGAUUGGUGCGAAUCGGCAGGCAUCGCUUGGUCAUGGUGUCAAAGACGAACUCGCCAUCCUGCGCAGGCUUACUGACGGGAAUCGGCAGCACAUGGGCUGGAACUUUGUGCGGAAACUACGGGAUUCCUUCACACUGGGGAGCCCCAACGCCGAACAUAGAUGUAUUGUCUCUGAGCCCCUGCGUGAACCCCUUUGGAUGUAUUGUCAAAGAUUCGUUGGCAAUGUCAUACCUCCUAACGUCGUCAAAGUUCUGAUUCGGAUGAUCUUGGAAGGGCUUGAUUAUCUCCAUUCUCAAUGCCAAGUCAUCCAUACAGACCUCAAAACCGACAAUAUCAUGAUACGCUUCGAAGAUCCUGCGAUUCCAGCUGAGGUGGCGGAUGACGAGUACCACCAUCCACUACCGCAGAAGCACCUGGACGAUGGUCGCGUAAUCUAUCUGUCACGGAACGGCUUUGGCCCUCUCAGGGAACCGACGGGGAUGAUAUGCAUUACGGAUUUUGACCGCGCUGUCCUGGGAACAGAAGCACAUUCUGGCUGCAUUCAAGCAGAUAUCUAUCGCGCUCCCGAGAGUAUCCUCGACGCGGGUUUCUCUUAUCCUGCUGAUAUCUGGAAUCUUGGGGUAAUGCUAUGGGAUCUGCUCGAAGGUGAUUGGCUCUUCCAAGUCGCCACCAAAGGCACCCACGAGUAUGAUGACAGCUUGCACAUCGCCCAUAUAACCGCACUUCUAGGCCCUAAACCAGAUACUUUCCCAGCCGGCCAGCGGACAGCAAUGUUUUACAAUCCAAACGGUAAUUUGAAGCAUCCAGAGCUAGUCCCGCAAGACUUCAGCUUCGAAUCUGCAAUCACUUGCAUGGAAGGCGAAGAGAAGAGAUUAUGCAUCGAAUUUGUAAAAAGGAUGCUCAAGUGGCUUCCCCAGGAGCGCAGUACUGCGAAGGAGCUAUUGCAUGACCCUUGGCUACAUACAGGCGGACCAUGAGCGAACCACAACCGAUUCGCACUUUUCUCGGGCACGCAAGGAGUUGCAAUUGACGUGAAACACAAGAAAGUACAUGUAUGAUGUUCUUCAAGUCCUGCCAUGGCCCACCCUGGCCGCGUCCAACGACCUACUACCCACCUCAAGUACACGCCGACGACCUCAUCCUCCAACUGCCCUUGAAAAAUGCACGACCUGAUUCGUGCAAGAAGCCCGUCGUAUACCUGGCAUCGUACACCUGGGCAAUUGCGGAUCGAAGCAAUGCACAAUCACUCUCACUGGCCCCGAGCGACGUCACUCCACGACAAAGCGCCGAAAUUGCUCUUGGGCUUGAGAUGAAGAUGUUCGAGACCGCCGUUGGCAGCCAGAGUGAACUUGCCUCGAGGCUGUGCGCUCAUCACCUUCUUACCGACUUGGGUCCCAUCGGAGUCGCUGGCUUGAUUCCGUUCGGUGGCUUGUGCUGGAGUGGAGGGGGUCUUGCCAUUGAGACCGGGCGUUCGAGCUGAUGGAUGUGCCUUUGGCGGCAGAGCAAUGCUGUCGCUUUUGGUGCUGGUAGAGCGGGUCAGGCUUGGGACCACACUAUUGCCUGAGCUGAUUUGGCUGGGAUGGUCUUCUCCCUCUUGAUCGGAAUUCAGCUCCCUGUCGUCUCUGUGCUCUUCGACGACUUCCGCCACGUUGGUCUCGAUGGGUUUGUGCUUGUCUUCCCAGGCCUUGCCUCGGUCCAUCAGUGCGCGGUAGGCUUUUUUAUUAGCCCACCUCCAAAAUCCUGCCUUGUUCCUGGCGGUACCCUCGACCUCAUCAUGGAAGUGAAUCAAGUCACUCUUGAUGGCUUUGACUAAAUCUGCGACGAGCUCGCCUUCUUUGCCGACAGCAU